GGAUUCCUAGUCUAUUUACAACUUUGAGUUUACCACUUUGAGUCUUCAAUCUCAAACACACCAUUUACAAUGCAGUUCGCUAAGUACCUGGCUUUCGCCAUUGCUAUGGCUGCCCCCGGCCUUGCUCUCCCUGUCGACGAGCGUGCCAUUGCCCCUACGGAGCUCGCUGAGCGCUCCUACCUCAUUGUGGCGGCGGACGAGGAGCCCUCCACUGUCGAGAAGCGCUCGUACCUCAUUGUCAGCGCGGAUGAGGAGCCCGCCACUGUGGAGAGACGUGCCCAGGCUGGCGACACACUCAUCGCCGCUGACGGCACCAAGUACAGCCUCGUUGCUGAGACUGAAAAAGCUCGCCGUGACGUCGAUGAACGCUCUUACCUCAUUGUGGCGGCGGAUGAGGAGCCCGCCACUGCCGAGAAGCGCUCAUACCUCAUUGUCAGCGCGGACGAGGAGCCCGCCACUCUGGAGAGACGUGCCAAGGCUGGCGACACGCUCAUCGCCGCUGACGGCACCAAGUACAGCCUCGUUGCCGAGACCAAGUAAAUAGGUAUUUAAUGGUCACUCUUGGCAGAUAUCUGUAGGGCACAGAGGCGCAGAGAUGAUAUAGGGAGCUGGGAAUGAUAAAUAGCUGUUGUGAAGCAACUACCUCUAUAGGAGGCCUUUGACCAAAGGCUCUUUUAGCAAAUACUGAAGCUCCCGCACACC